AAUUGUCUGCCAGAACCGGCACCCUCUCCGAAUGCCGUCAGUCUCACAGUCUUCAAAGACUUUGUUCCGGGCAAGCGGCUCUACUCGACGAAGCUGACCAAAGCGAUUGUGUACUCGAGCGAGAAGAAGCCACCAAACGGGCAUGCAGAGCCAUUCACCGAAAAGCCGAGACAUCAAAGUCGCCUCGACUCCUUCAGGCGCGCCAGAACUUGGGGUGGUAUUAAAGGUCAGACGACGAAGGAGAACUUGUCGAGAAGAAGUAAACGGGCCGAUUUGCGUGGAGGCGAUUUGGAGAGAAGACCAAAGGCUGAGCCCGAUUGGAGGAGCAGAGAGGAGGAAGUGGAGGAGAGGACUUUUGGUGAUGGAGAAUUUGACAACGAAGCUGAGGAUGAGAAUGAGGAUGAGGAUGAAAAAGAGAAAAGAGAAGAGGACGAGGGCUGGAUGAGGUGGCGGAAGGCUCGUCCUUUCACGAUGGCCGCACCAAACUGGACGUCGGAUUGCCGAGGAUUGACAGAAAAGACAUUCAAUCGCAUCCAACUCGCUCGAGCCUCGCCUACCACCACGUCGAGUGAGAUUCGUCGACGAAAUAUUCGCCUAUUGCAAGCUUCUCAGACGUCUCUGCAGCAGCAGUUGGCCUUCACUGGGGGCUCCUUGUGGCAGGGCUACAGUGGGCCAAGUGUCAGACAAUUGGUGGAGUACUUCACUCGUUUGGCCGAUCAGAAUUCGGCCGAGUCGAAGCGGAGUCAAGUGCAGCGGCCGCUUAAUCCGCUGUUGCGAAGGAAAGCAGGCAGUUUGGACCAACUGGCUCCAAGUGAAUAUGCUACCAGCUGCGGGCAACUCGGCAUUUGA